UGUUUUUCUUUAUUUUAGAAUGAUGGAGGAAACUAACAUCACAUUAGCCUCCAUAUAUAAAACACUCCAUACUCUUGAGCUAAACUAGCGUAUACCCAUUUGAAUUAAACCAAUUGGGCUUAAAACCAUCUUCAAAUUUCCAAUUUUGCAAAAAAUUAGACAAUGGACUCAUCCAAAAUCUCUCUAAGGCCAUUCAAACUCUCUGAUGCCGACGAUUUCUUAUCAUGGGCUAAAGAUGAGAGAGUCACACACUACCUAAGAUGGAACAAAAUCACUUCCCUAGAAGAGGCUCUCAAGUACCUCCAAGAGGUUGCUAUACCUCAUCCAUGGCGACGGUCCAUAUGCCUCGAUGACUGUUCUAUUGGGUACAUUUCUGUCAGGCCGGAGUCUGGCAAUGAUCGGCACAGAGCGCGUGUUGGGUACGCAAUCGGUGCCGAGUAUUGGAGGAAAGGGAUAGUGACAGUGGCAUUGAAGAUGGCUAUGUCAAGUGUGUUUAAAGAGUUUGCAUAUUUGGUGAGAGUUGAGGCCUUGGUGGAGGAAGAAAAUAAAGGGUCUCAAAGGGUGCUUGAGAAAGUUGGGUUUACGAAGGAAGGUUUGUUGAGGAAGUAUGGGCUUAAUAAAGGUGAAACUAGAGAUAUGUUUGUGUACAGUUUCUUGUCAACAGAUAAGAUUAUGUGAUUUCUUUCGUUUAACAAAUAAUACAAAAUACUUUUAAUUGUUA